AUUGACGGCAAACGUGAUGUUUCAUGGCGGGUGUGAAUAUGUCGUCGGAGUCACUAAUAAAUUCUGUCAGACAGUUUUUAUCCUCCCAUUCCAUGUUAGUCGAAGAUGAAUGGUUGACAGGAUGCGUGGAAUAUUUGACUGAAGAUAACAGUAACAAUUACAGUGUUACUGACAUACAAAACUUGGCCAAGGAGCAGUGGCUACUUAAUGAUUUAAAGGACAUUUGCCCUGGGAGUUUACCGGCCAACUUGAAAAAUGUACAGAAGACAGUGUUGAAUGGAAAGUUUGCACUGCAAAUUAAUGCCGCUGUUGAUAUAGGCACGCCAGCUUACCAACAGUAUCUGAAACUGCAGAAAGUAAACAUGGAAAAUAUUGAAGCUACCACAAAGUUUGAAGAUAAAGUGCCAAGUCACAGAAUGAUAAAACUAUACUUAACCGAUGGUGCUCAAGAGGUGUCCGCUAUUGAAUACAAACCUAUGAGGAACUUGAGUUGUGACAUCACUCCUGGAUGCAAAAUGUAUCUGAAAGGGCCAGUGGAAUGCCGGCGGGGUGUUAUCCUGUUGACAGAGAGCUCUAUAGAGCUGCUGGGAGGAGAAGUGCAGGAGAUUGCCGUCUCCAACUCUCUGGCUGGUCUUCUCUCCACCAAACUAGGACUGCCCAUGACUCUAGAACCUAUCCACAAUACAACAAUCAGAAAUGCCAAUAUCCCAACACCACAUUCCGACGUGCCGCCCCCAAUAGACCAUUACACGGAACCAGUCCCUGAACCCACGCGACCAGUAGCUCGAGUCACCAGUGUCCAAAUAGCCAACAACUUCGUCGAUGACGACAUAGACAUGGAUCAAUUAGCCGCAAUAGAAGCACAAUAUACUGAAAAUCCCACCAAAAGACCUCUCAGUGUUGCCAACACGAAUCCUGAAAAGAAAAUAAAAAUCGAUUCAACUGCGAACAAAUCAGAUGAUUAUCCGGACGAUGCCGAUGUAUUUUUCGAUGAAGACGAAGAAUAUUUGAGGGAUAUUGAAGAGAAAAUUGAUGCGAGAGACAGAGAAAUUAAUAGACCUAAAGGUCCAGUUACAGUAUCGGCUGAACCCUUCGUUUAUAUAAAGCAAAUUAAUGAUAUGAAUUUGGGUGAGAAAACUGGGAAAGUUUUUAAAGUUAAGGCACAAAUAAUAAAGUUGUUAUCGAAGUUGUCUGUAGGGAAAGAUGGUUGGAGUUUGAAGUGUAGCAUUGUAGAUGGCACUGGCAGUAUAGAUGUGGAAUUUACGAGUGAUGUGUUAUCUAAAGUUGUUGGGUUGACUCCGCAAGAAAUGCAUGACAUCAAGAAGAAAAUGGCUAUGAAUCCUGCAAUGAAGGAAAAAGCUGUUUCGGCCUUACAAAAAGCGAAGGAUACACUGCAAGUUUUACAUUGUAUAAUAGAGUUAACAAUAUUAGAGGUACCGAAGAUAACUUCUCUCGAACCCUACGGCGAGAGGCACGCGGAAAUGUUGAAGAAACGAAUGCAAUCGGCUGGGUUAUAGCAAAUUUAUAUUUUUAGCAAUGUGAAUAAUAUAAUAGUGUUUAUAAAACUUGAUUCCGUUGUAUAUAAUGUAUUUAUCAAACAAUUCCAAUGUCGUAAAGGUAUAAGAUCUACAUGAGAUGAACAUCAGUGGCCUUUAAAAUGUAGUAUGCAUUUUAGCGUAAAUCUAAAAAAUACUUUUUAUAUUCAGUCUUUAAACAUUGUAGAGAAAAAACGAUUGCAACUUACUAAAUGGAUUGAUAUAUGAUUGGAUUGAACCUGUGUUACCAGUUGAGUACAGCGCAAUUUCAGAGCUAAAACUUUCAUUUUGUCAACCAUCAAUACUUUCAGUAAAAUACUUAUGUAUCAGCACAUUAAUUUACUACCAUGUGAUUCAUAAAAAAAUAUGGAUAUUCAUGAAAAAUAUGGAGUUUUGACGAACUACAUUUUUUUGGUGUUUAUUAUAUUGGCUGAUAAACACCUAGUGUUGCCUGCCAAAAGGAGCCAGCGCCCUCAUUUAAUUUCUUCACAGACUGUAAAAAGAAGCGAAUACAAUAAAAAUAAAACACAAUAUUGACGUUUUAA